ACACUCGGCCACACAGCCAGCCGAAUUGAAGAGAAAUAUUGUUGUAUUUACUUAGUCCCAUUGUACGCACACAAAACACGUAGUAGUCGCUCAUUUCGGGAUCGGCACAAUGCAGGGAACGGCAACGAUAUUGGUAGUUGCGUUGGCGCUACUUUUUGGCCCCGAUAAGACAGCCGGAAAAUCGGAUCCGGGCAUUGUGGAAAUCCUGGUGACCACGGACAUGCCCAGCAUCCGGGAGCAGCGUCCACUUUUGGCCGACACGAAAAUCUACGCUCAAAUCAAGGGCUGCAAGUCGCAAGUGGAAACCAAUCUGACCGUUACCUUCCGGCUGACGGAGCACCCCUGCAUCUUCGACGACCGCAUGCUCCAGGUGAUCGCCAAAGACAGUGCCCUGCAGAGCAACAACACCAAGUUCGAGGUCACCAAGACGUAUCCCUGCAAUGGGCUCAUUGUCCUGGCGAUGGACAAGGGAAAACCUGCCGGAGGAGGGGAAGCACCUGGAACGCCGGAACCCAAACAUCCCAUGUUGGAGAACAAACAUCCACUUUCGCCCACAACAAACCCGAUUGCAAGCGUUAAGAAGGAUGGCAUCUACGAGAUCGAAGUGCUCAUUGCAGUGCCGCCGACCGCGCAGUUCAGUGCGGUGGUGCACCUCCAGUUCCUGGGACCGCACGGUUAUAUCUCGGCUAUAGAUUGGCCAUUCCUGCCGUUCUAUUUAAUCAUGUGCAUUGUUUACGUGAUAUUUGGAAUUAUUUGGCUCUUUGUUUCUUUCGCGCAAUGGCGGGAUUUACUGAGAAUUCAGUUCUGGAUUGGUGGCGUCAUUCUGCUCGGAAUGCUCGAGAAGGCCUUCUUCUACGCCGAGUACCAAACGCUGACGAACAAGGGAGUAGCAGUGCAGCAUGCCGAGCUGGUCGCCGAGUUUGUGUCCUGCGCGAAGCGCACUCUGGCCAGGAUGCUGGUCAUCAUUAUGAGUCUGGGCUUUGGAAUUGUCAAACCCCGUUUGGGACCCAUGCUGCAUCGGGUUGUGGGCAUUGGAACCCUCUACUUUGUGCUGGCCUGCGUGGAAAGCUAUUUGCGUAUCACCAAUGUGAAGACCGACCGCAGUGAACUGCUGGUGGCCAGCAUUCCCCUGGCUGUUCUGGAUACGGGAAUAUGCUGGUGGAUCUUCACAUCUCUUGUGCAAACCACUCGCACACUCAGACUAAGGAGGAAUAUGGUUAAGCUAUCGCUGUAUAGGCACUUUACCAACACGCUGAUCUUUGCUGUUAUCGCUUCCGUCAUCUUCAUGCUCUUUGCGUUGCGUUUGCGUAGCACUGAGAACUGUACGCCUGGCUGGCGUGACAUCUGGGUGGACACUGGCUUUUGGCACAUUCUGUUUUCGGUGCUGCUGUUGGUGAUUAUGAUACUAUGGCGACCCACGAAUAACAACCAGCGGUAUGCAUUCACACCCCUGCUGGAUAAUCCAGAAGACGAAGACGACGAGGACGAAGAGGAUCAGUUUGUGGCUGAUGCCUAUGGCGUGAAAAUGCGCGGACAAAAUGGAACGCCGAGGACGUCAACCAACUCGCGAAACGCCACGACAACCGAGGAGGACGACCUGCGCUGGGUGGAGGAGAACAUACCCUCCUCAAUGGCGGACUCGGCUCUACCUAUCCUCGACUCAGAUGAGGAGAUCAUCAACACCAAGUUCGAGGUUUCGAAAAUGCAAUAAGCUGUGACUUUCGCUGGACCGAAGAGACUUUCUACGCAUAUUUUUGCACAUUCACACAUCCGUGUCACCCGCCAGCAGCAAAGCUCCCCAUGUGCUAUGUAUUUUUUAUUUAUAUUCGCCAUCGUAGAGGGGAACCUUUACUGCUGGACAAAAUUGCCGUGCUGCGCUGACACUGAUCUUCCAAUUUCGAGACACUUUGUCCGGUCACGCCUUCUGAACCCGUGUAAAAUAUUGUAUGUAAUUGUAGUUCCUUCUACGCGCACGUCCUCCCCUCUAAAUAAAUCUAACUUAUUCAUAAUACCUAGCCUAAGUUGUAGAUAACUACGCGACGAACCCCAAUCUUAAUUUAUAAACUUCGAUUUCGAUUCUACUGUUGAUCCCUUAAGUACACUUGCUAAUGUGUAUAAGCGAGUAAGUUGUUGUCGCCUCAUUGUAUAUAGUUGGUAAAACAAAACAAACUAAACUAUCUAUAUAAAUGUAUGAGUAUUAUGUAAUAACUAUGAUAAAAUGCGACUUUGCAAUGUCGGGAUAAACUUUAACUUGAACUUUUUGCUGAUAAUUGAAAAGAUUAAAGAGUAGAUGUCUAAGUAAGCACACGAUCACUUGCGUCACACACAC